AUGCUUGAGGAGGUUGAAAUCCCAGUUGUCAUCGUCGGAGGCGGGGGUUGUGGGUUGACUCUCUCAACUUUCCUAUCCAACUAUGGGGUUGAGCAUGUCCUUCUUGAGAAGCAUACAGGCACAUCGAUCCUUCCCAAAGCGCACUAUCUGAACCAGCGCACCAUGGAAACACUUCGCUAUCAUGGCAUGGUGGAAGAAAUCCUGCAGAAGACUUGCCCCCCUCGACACAUGAGUCUGGUUGCCUGGCAGACCUCGCUAGGUGGCUCCGGCCCGUUGGAUCGCCAAGUUAUCUCUAAAUUUGAAUGUUUCGGCGGACAUGAUGGAACCGAUUUCGCGGAAGCCUACAAACGCGACGCCCCACUCCGCUCUGGAAACCUUCCGCUAUUUCGGUUAGAGCCGAUAUUGAAAAAGAUCGCGGAGCAGAAAAACCCUGGCAAAGUUUUAUUCGGUCAUAAAUUGGUGGAUUUCACCGAUGAGGACUCUUCAGUCGUUGUCAAAGCUUCUGACGAAGCCGGGUUGGAAAAAACAUAUAGAUGUAAAUACCUGAUUGCUGCAGACGGAGGCCGGACUAUUGGCCCCAAGCUCGGCGUUAACAUGGAAGGAUUGACCGACAUCGCCGAUAUGGUUUCGGUGCACUUCAGCGCUGAUCUCUCCGAGUACUGGGACGACCGCUACUUUGCUUGCCACCUCAUCAACGGCGAGUGCAACACCGUGUUUGAGAGCGGUGCAAUUGUUCCUAUGGGUCCGAACUGGGGCAAGCAUUCUAAGGAAUGGGUGUUUCACUGCGGAUUUGCGAUGGAUGACGAGAAUCGAUACCAAGACGCGGCAUUGAUCCCGCGUAUGCGCCAGCUAUUGAAGAUCCCUGACCUCGAAAUGGAAGUUCAUAAAAUCAGUCACUGGGCCAUCGAGAAAGUUCUUGCGGACAAGUAUCGGGUUGGGCGAGUCUUUCUUGCCGGGGACGCCGGCAACCGUCGUCCGCCUACGACCGGUUUAGGACUCAAUACUGCGAUCGAGGAUUCUCUCAAUAUCGCCUGGAAGUUAGCCAUGGUCCUCAAAGGACAAGCCAGCGAGUUCAUUCUAGACAGCUACGAGCCGGAAAGACGCGCCGUCGGCGAGAUCAACUGCGAUUGGGGACUGUUCACGUUCAGCAACUCCGCUGUGAUCAACACUGCCCUUGGACUCAUUCCGGGAGAAAGAGAAGCAAAUGAAGUCCGCUUCCACUCCCUCUUCGAAGAUACCGAUAAAGGCCAUAGCUUCCGGGCUCAAGUUGCGCGCAUCAUCGAUUCUCAAGCCAUCGAAUUUUGUGCACAUGGAAUCGAGCUGGGCUUCAGAUACCCCAACGGUCUUCUUCUGCACGACGGAAGCCUCCCAAUAGAUCGGGAUCCUUUGGGUCUGAAGUAUUACCCCACCACACAGCCUGGUCAUCGUCUCCCUCAUGCCUGGAUCGAGACAGGAAACAUUGUCAUCUCUACCCAUGACCUGGUACCAAAAAAGCCAGGUUUCGCCUUGAUUACGGACAUAGAAGGCGGUGAUUGGGCAAUUGCAGCUCAGAAUAUCGCCAAGAACCGUGGGAUUGAAGUUGUUGUGGCUCAGAUUGGUGACAAGGCCCUUUAUCGGGACUACGACGACCGAUGGAAUGGCCUGAAAGGCAUCCAGGCCGGCGGAGCUAUUCUUGUUCGACCCGAUAACAUGAUUGCUUGGAGGUCGAUCUACAAAAGCUGUCUUGAAGGUAAGGAGUUGGAAGUUGCGAUGGACCAGUUGUUACUAGGGGAUACUGAAGCAAUACAAGCGGAGUUCUAA